AGUGAUUAAAAAUAACCAAGUUGCCGCUGACUCCGUGCUAUUUUUGUAAUAAUUAUUGGGCAAUUAGCUGAUUAAAUAUCUCACAAAAUACAUAAGUCUCUUUUUAAACCAUGGCCUACUAUGGACAACAACAACGCCAAGGACCACCUGGCCCAGAUCAAAACUUUCUCAUGGGUGUUUUUUCAAGGAUAGAUAAAGAUAGAAGUGGUUCUAUAUCAGGCAGUGAAUUGGGACAGGCUUUAUCCAAUGGAACAUGGACACCUUUCAACCCAGAAACAGUAAGAUUGAUGAUAGGAAUGUUUGACAGAGAUAACUCAGGAACUAUUAAUUUUCAAGAGUUUUCAUCACUAUGGAAAUAUGUGACGGAUUGGCAGAAUUGUUUCCGUGGAUAUGAUCGUGAUAAUUCAGGUUCUAUAGAUAAAAAUGAACUGAAAACAGCUUUAACAAGCUUUGGUUAUAGAUUAUCAGAUAGAUUUUAUGAUGUAUUGGUGAGAAAAUUUGAUAGAUUAGGAAGAGGAACUGUUGCCUUUGAUGAUUUUAUUCAAUGUUGUAUUGUUUUACAGACUCUAACACAAUCAUUUAGAAAUUAUGAUACAGAUCAAGAUGGCUGGAUACAAAUUGGUUAUGAACAAUUCUUAACUUUAGUUUUCAGUAUCAAAUCCUAAUAUUGUAUUAUAUUGGUAUUACAAUAUGAGCUGUGGUGUAUGCUCAAAUUUGACAAAUACUUAGUUGAUUAUUUUUAUUACAUUUGACCUAAAUUUUAUGACUAACUAUCUAUUUCCUUGAGUUUUAAAAUUUUCUUUAAACUUAUAUGUAUUUUUGCAAUAUCUUUUUAUAAUUGCAUAAUUAUGAUGUCCAAAUAUUUUGAAAUAUUUAUGUAAAGUUCAGUUUGUCUUUGCGUUUUGUAUUAUUGACUAAUAUUGUUGGCUGUUAUCUGAACCAGUUUAUAAUAUUUCAAUAAUCAUCAUGAAAUAAUGUGAAUGUAUUUUGUAAAAGAGAUAACUGAUUAUAUUAACCAUAGAUUGCAGUAAUUAAGAUUGAUUUAAAUGCAGAUCUAUAUGUUUCUGUUUGUGUAUAUUUUUAUGCCAGGUCGUCCAUGAUCAGUGGUUUGUAAUUCACCAUGAUUCAGAAGUUGUUAUAAUAUAAAACCAUUUAAAUACCCUACUCACAUAUUAGGAAUUCUGGGUUCAUUGACUUGUAUUUUUAGCCUGCAUUUGAUAUUGAUAAUGGAUAAUAUAGCUUAGUAUGCAUGCCAUUACAUAAUGCUGUUUUAGAUUUUUUUUUUUUUUUUUUUGAAAAGUUAAAUAUAAUUCUACACAUAAAGAGUAGCAGUAGUAUAUUUAUAUAAUUAUUGGGAUGCAGCCUUCGGUUUCUCAUUUUGGAAAUAUUAUAUUUUCAAAUAUUAAUUAUUAAAUGUGACAUAAUAAGCAAGAUUGAUUGCUUUUAGCUGUCUGAUAUUAAGUACUGAACAUUUGGGUGUGACAUUAAUCCAUAGUUUAAUUUCUCAUCCUAUAUAUUUCAUAUUUUCAUGUACACAAAUAUGAAUAAAUUUUCUUAUCAUUG